GCAGCGCUUGCGCAGGAGGAGCCGGGGGCGGGGCUCUCACUCUCCGGCGAUCCUGGCUGGUGGACGCAGACGGGUUGGGGGAAGAGACGCGUGCAAAAGUUGCAGGUGGAGGCUUUCCUCGACGGCUGUUGCUGGUGGAGGUGCGGAGUCUGGGGAGAGCCGGGUCGCCCCUUUUGCACCCCAAAAACACCCCCAUCGCGUGCAUCUGCGAGAAGAGAAGGAAGAAGACAGCGAACACUAAACCCACCCACCCCCUCGACGUGGAGAUGUCACCGGAGGGGAGAAGAGGAAGAGGAGGAGAAGAGGAGGAGGAGAAGGACCUGCCUGGCGGGAAGCCCUGGGACUGGGGCUGCCCCACCACCCGGGCUCGCCUGGAGCCCCUCUUCCUGCAGGGCCAAAGGCCCGAGGAGAGGCAGGAGUUCUGGGCCUUCUUGGAGCGGCUGCAGCGCUUCCGCAGCCGGCGGGCGGAAAAAGGGCCCAAGGCGGCAGCUGCCCCCCAGGAGCCGUCCUGGGAGCCCCAUUCCGGCCGGGAGGCGGUGGCGGGGCUCCCUCGAGAGUACGACCCCCGAUACCGCAUCAACCUGUGGGUGCCGAUGCAGGAGGUGCCCGGCGUGGCCCCCGAACAGGUGCGGGCCUUCCGCCUGGGGCUGCUCCAUUUCCUGGACUUCCGCCAGAAGCAGGGCUUGGCCCGCCUGGCCCGGCUGCAGAAGGAGCGGGCCGCCUUGCCCAUGGCUCGCUACCGGGACCAGCUGCUCCAGGCAGUGGCCAGCAGCCAGGUGGUGGUGGUGGCCGGGGACACCGGCUGCGGGAAGUCCACCCAGGUGCCUCAGUACCUCCUGGCGGCCGGCUACGCCCACGUGGGCUGCACCCAGCCCCGCCGGAUCGCCUGCAUCGCCCUGGCCAAGAGGGUGGCCUACGAGAGCCUGCAGCAGUACGGCGACCAGGUCGGCUACCAGAUCCGCUUUGAGAGCACGCGCUCGCCGGCUACCCGGAUCGUUUUCCUGACGGAGGGGCUGCUUCUGCGCCAGGCCCAGCGGGAGCCCACCCUGCCCGGCUACUCGGUCCUGAUCGCCGACGAGGUCCACGAGCGCCACUUGCACGCCGACUUCCUCCUGGGCGUCCUGCGCCGCCUCCUGCCCGCCCGCCCGGACCUCAAGCUGGUCCUCAUGUCGGCCACCAUCAACAUCCGUCUCUUCGCCGACUACUUCGGCCGUGCCCCUGUGGUUCAGGUCCCGGGGAGGCUCUUUGCCAUCACGGUCAUGUAUGAACCCCUCCGUCCCGAGGAUAGUGCCGGCGAGCGAAAGGAGCGUCUGGACCCCCGGCCUUACCUGCGUGUGCUCCAGGCCAUUGAUCACAAGUAUCCGCCCGAGGAAAGAGGGGACCUGCUGAUUUUUCUCAGUGGUGUGGCCGAGAUCGGGGCUGUGCUAGAGGCUGUGCAGACCUACGCCACACACACCCAGCGCUGGGUGGCCCUUCCCCUUCACAGCACCCUCUCUGUGGCUGAGCAGGACAAGGUGUUCGACAUGCCUCCCCCGGGUGUCCGGAAGUGCAUCGUGGCCACCAACAUCGCUGAGACCUCGGUCACCAUCGAUGGCGUCCGAUUCGUCGUGGACUCAGUGAAGGUCAAAGAACUGAGCUACGACCCCAAAGCCAAGCUCCAACGCCUGCAGGAGUUCUGGAUCAGCCGAGCCAGUGCCGAGCAGCGCAAGGGGCGGGCGGGCCGGACGGGACCCGGCGUCUGUUACCGCCUCUAUGCCGAAUCUGACUACGAUGCCUUCGCCCCUUACCCGGUGCCGGAGAUCCAGCGGGUGGCGCUCGACGCCCUGGUGUUGCAGAUGAAGAGCAUGGGGCUGGGGGACCCUCGCGCCUUCCCCUUCCUCGAGCCGCCUCCGCCGGCCAGCCUGGAGACCGCCGUGGGCUACCUCAAGCACCAGGGUGCGCUGGACGCGGCGGAGAACCUGACGCCCAUCGGGAGCCUCCUGGCCGAGCUGCCCGUGGAUGUGGUGAUUGGGAAGAUGCUGGUGCUGGGGACUUUGUUUGGCCUGGCUGGCCCCACCCUGACAGUGGCUGCCAUGCUCAGCGUCCCCUCGCCUUUCCUGCGCAGCAGCUCUGGGCGCGGCGAUCCCGACUGCGCCACCGCUCGCCGCCCCUUGGAGAGCCCCCUGGGAGACCCUCUGACGCUGCUCAAUGUCUUUGACGCCUGGGUGCAGGAGAAGUCUGGAAACCGGGGGGGAUCCCGCCGCUGGUGCCGGCGUCGUGGCCUGGAGGAGCACCGGCUGUACGAAGCGGCCAACCUGCGGCGCCAGUUCCAGGAGCUCCUCCGAGACCAUCGGCUGCUGGAGCCGGCUGCCCAGCCCAGCGAUUCCUACGCCCGGCAGAGUCAGCGCCGUCGGCGCCAGGAGCUCCACAGGCUGAAGCGGGAGCACGAGGAGGGGGAAGGGCGGCGGCGGAAAGUGCUGCGGGUGCAGGGGGAGGAGGACGAGGCUGGCUCUUCUUCCUCGGGAGACGAAGGGGACGGAAAGCAUCAUCGCUUGGACUUCCAGGACAUCAAAUUCCAACUGCGGCACAACGUGGAAGAGCUGCGGGCGGCCUCUUCCGCCGCCCAGUCCCUUUCUCCCGGUCAGCGCUCCCUCCUGCAGCUGGUGCUGGGCCGUGGCCUCUACCCGCAGCUGGCGGUCCCAGACGCCUUCAACCAGAGCCGCAAGGACUCGGACCAGAUCUUCCACACCAAAGAGAAGCCCGGGGUGGUCCUCCACCCCACCAGCGUCUUCACCAGUUCUCCUGAGCUGCUGCAGCCAAGCCAGGACGGAGGCUCUGACUCUCAAGGGACCAGGGGGACCGAGCAAGAGGGGCUGAGCAGCCGCCACCGGAUCCUCACCUUCGUCUCGCUCCUGGAGACCAACAAGCCGUACUUGGUGAACUGCCUCCGCCUCCCGGCCCUGCAGGCUCUGCUGCUCUUGGCGCGCUCUCUGGACACCAACGCCGACGGCAAGCGCAUCGUGGCGGACUCGUGGCUGGAGCUGCUGGUGCCGGCGGGCGAGGUGGCCCUGCGCCAGCUCUGGACGGCCCUGCGCCUCCGGGCCUCCUGGGAGAAGCUGCUGGACCGGCAACUGGAGAGGCGAGGCGGCCGGAGGAGGAGGAGGAGGAGGAGCGAGGAGGACCUGGAGGAGGACCUGGAGGAGAGGCGGCCCAGUGCUCGAGAGGUGGGGAGGCUCUCCCAGGAACUGCUGACUUUCCUGAAGACCGAGGUGCCGUACCGCCUCCGGCGUCUCACACCCUUGGAGCAGCAGAACCUGUACGUGGGUCCUCAGACCCUGGCCUCGGCCCCAGACGGAGAGGGGCUGCCCCACUUCUUCCAGGGAGCUGAGAUGACCCCCGACGAGGUCAAGGGAGGCUACCGGGUGGGCGACUGCCUGACCUUCAACUGCCUGGCCAGCGAGGGGGACCUCUACAGCGAGUGCUUGCGCAGCUUCUGGACCUGCCCGCGGUGUGGCCUCUACCGGCCCUUCACGCCUCUGGAGCGCAUGGCCCACGAGGACGCCUGCCGGGCUCCUGGUUCCGAGGGGGAGGAGCCCCCGCCAGGGGAAGACCCUUCGGAGGAUGCAGCAGGCACCCCCUCUUUGGGGGCCUCCUCGGCCCUGCAGCAGCUCUACCCCUGUGCCGUCUGCCAGCGGAGCCUCUUGCUCACGCCCACGGAGAUCCUGCGGCACCGAAGGCAGCACCAGGCACCCACUUGAGAGCGGUGGUGCCUGUGGGCGCCUCUCCCUGCCGCCCCGCCGGUGUGUGAAGCCAGGACGAAGGGCCUGGCCCCGCGUUUCUCCCACUCGGGGGAGCAGAAGACGUCGAGCGGUAGCUGCUGUUCAGCUGGCCCUGCCGUUCUCCCCACGGCACCCCACACACCGCCCCCCCCGGAGAGCUGCCUUAAAGCCUCCCCUUCCUUCAGCUGGGAUAGAGACUCCCGUCUUCUGCUGGCAUAAAGAAGAAGGGGACCUGAGCUGUCAGUGGAAAAGCAGGUGUUCAGAAGGCGGCUCCUUCUCUUGUCAGCGCUGGCCGUUCUUUGCCACCGAGGGGCAGCCUUGCCCCAUCCAACCCGGGGCCAGCUUCCUUCCUGGCUCUCCGGGAGAGUCAAGGCUGACAGAGAGAGACAGGCAGACACACAAACACACACACACACACACGCACACACUCUGCUGUCUCUGUUCUGGGAAGGCAGGGGCCUUCAUUUGGGCUCUGCCCCUGCGUGAGCAAAAAGGAGCGGUUUGGAUCUCUUUGGGGAGCGAUGAAGCCCCAAAGGGGUUGAGCUUUCCUGAAGAUGGAGUGGGAUGCCGAGGCUCCCCCACCCCUCCCCUGCCUCACACACACACACACACACCCCUCCUGCACCUCCAGGCUGGUUUUAGAUCAGCCUCACCUUGGGGGAGUCUGUGAGCGGCGCAGCAGCAACAGCAACUCCUUCUCAAGAUCUCAAGUCUUACCACUGUAAUAAACCUCUUUC